AUGUUGCUAGAUGGUGGGUGGAUCAAUGCUGACUGUUCGUCUCAUGUAGCAUGGAAGCUCGAGGGUCUGGACAUCGCCAAAGAUCAAUACCAUCUACUUGAUUUCUCCAAGGAAGAGACGGUGCGAGGAUGCAAGACCAUGGCGGAUCGUGCGGUUGGGGGUUACAGUACGGCGAAUCUGGAUUAUGUUCCUGCCGACCCGGAGACAAAGAUGCCAGCCCACGCCCGAUUCCACGGCUCGAUAUCGACGAAACUGCCGAAGGACUGGAGGGUACAGAGAACCGGAUAUGCGGCGUUUAGAAACCAGGACCGAGGGUUCUGGCUGAUGGGCAGACUCUACUGGGACGUCGACCCGUACACAUAUCUGGCUCUGCGAGUAAAGUCAGACGGAAGACGGUACACGGUGAACGUGCAGACGGAUUCGAUCAUUGAGUCGGACAUCCAUCAGCACCGGCUGUUUACUCGACACCACCGGCUGCUCAACCGCUCUGAAGACCACCUUACAUCCUCCACGAUUACUCCCGAAGAAACGCUGUCCGAGCCCGAAUCCGAAUCCGACUUCCCAUCCACAUCUACAUCUUCACCGUCCCGAAUACCAGCCGCACUAGCGGACUUUGCUCCUCCCCCUUCUCCUACAACCACAUCAUCAUCGUAUAUAACCAACCCGCAACCCGGCUCAACAGGCUGGGAGACGAUACUGAUCCGGUGGUCGGACUUUGUGCGAACAAACCUGGGCACCGUGGUCGAGCCACAGACAGGCCUGUUGCAGCAGCGGGUGAAGUCAAUUGGCAUCGGACUGACGGAUCGAGUGGAAGGACCGUACGAUCUGCGCAUUCACCGGAUGUGGGCGACCAACGGACUAAGCGGCGAGGAGCUGGAAGAAGAACGGCGGAUAUGUGGAGAAGACGCGGUUUAUACUUCUGCUCCAAGCCCUGGCCCAGCAGCUUCUGUGGCGGCGGGCGGUCCAGCCUCGAAACAGGCGAAGGUUGAGGCAGCGGCUGAGCACUCGGAGUCUGGCCAUGUCGAUGACGACGAUCACUCGUCGCUGGUGGAAAGGGAGUCCAAGGGCUUGGAUCGGUUUAAGGAUCUCAAGGGAUUCCAGAAGAAAUGA